ACCCGCCCAUUCCGCGGUGCUGUGCUGCCUGUGCACCCUGCUGCUGGGGGUGUUCCUUAUGAACCGCGCGCCGCUGUCUCCCACCGCCCCGCCCUUCAUCGGCGCGGCGGGGCUGCUGGCCUCCGUGUUCCUGGGUAUCUCCACCAUCCUGGGGCAGUACCAGCCGGAGCACCGGCUGAUCUGGCAGGAGACGGUUGGCCACGUCAUCCUGAUGGUGACCCUGGGUGCGGGCAUCUCCGCACUCAUGUCGGUGCUGGUGCUGCCCACGCUGGCGGCGGACGAGAUGCGGGCCAAGGUGGCGGAGGCGGUGCGGGGCAUCGGAGCCGG